AUGCUUCGAGGCUCUCGCUGCUUCUCCGUCAUCUGUGACGUUGGUCCAACAACGACCCCCUAUUCCACAAGCACCCUGCCACCCAACCCUCAGCCCAAAACCGCUAUCGUCACUGGUGCAGCGCAGGGAAUUGGCAGAGCUAUUGCGAUCCAACUUGCCAGCGAUGGUUUCGCCAUCGUGAUAAGCGAUAUUGCAUCAAAGCAAGACUUGAUGGACGUUGUUGCGGCAGAAAUAAAGUCGAAGAAUGCUGGAAGCCAAACCUUGGUCGUACCGGCAGAUGUAAGCUCGGAGGCGGACGUCAACAAACUCGUAGCCAAAACCAAGGACACAUUUGGUGGUUUGGAUGUUAUGGUCGCCAAUGCUGGUAUCUGCUUGGCGAACCCUAUUCUUGACGUCACUAUUCAAGAAUGGGAUAAACUAUUCUCUAUCAACGUCCGCGGCGUGCUGCUUUGCUAUCAGGCUGCAGCAAGACUGAUGAUCGAGCAGAAACGCGGUGGUCGAAUAAUUGGCGCCUCUUCGAUUGCUGGGAAGAAGGGCGGUGGCAAUCUAAGUGCCUAUUCCGCCAGUAAAUUUGCUGUCCGAUCGUUGACUCAAUCCGCCGCUUGCGAAUGGGGUGCACAUGGGAUUACGGUCAAUGCAUACGCUCCUGGUACAAUUGAGACUCCCAUGCUACACGACGCCGAGGCCACGAUUAUCACGCCAUCGGGCGCCGGUCUCAUUAGCCAGCUCAAAGCUUCCACGGCGCUCAGGAGAUCUGGGCAGCCUGAAGAGAUAGCGAACUUCGUUUCGAUGCUAGCAUCGGAUAAAUCUAGCUGCAUGACAGGCCAAACCAUCACCAUUGACGGCGGAAUAUGGUUUGACUAG